AUGAGCGCCGGAUUUAAGUCUGGCCCACCCCCCAAGCUGGGUCAAAGCAAUACACUCUCCUCUGUAGCUCCAGGUAGCCAGGCUAUUUUGCUUGACAAGUUCAAUCGCCGGUCCACCCCCGAUUCAGAGGCCCUGGCUAGCUCAGAUGAGGAGACCGACCUGCAUAGCCAACCAAACUACCAAAACCCUCACACAGCAGCAACGACUGCUGCCGCCGCCAACGCCGCUACGGCGUCCUCUCCCACCACACACUUGAGCCAGGGCCAGCAGUCCCUUUCACAGGCGCAGCAGCCACAGUCUCAGUCUCAGUCCCAGUCUCAGUCUCAGUCGCAGCCGCCUAAGCCCGUCCGCCGCGCUUCGUGGCUCAACGACACCAGCCAGGGCCUCGUCCGGCCGAGAAACGAAUCGUUCAAUAGCGCAUCAAUGUCGCCCACCACGUCGCACCCGAGCACGCCGGCAAUUGAUGCCAGUGCUGGUGGAACUGGUACAACCUCUGGCACCGCCGCGACCUGGGGUGCACACGCCACGUCGUCUUCGGGCGUCUUGAACCGCACUCACUCCAACGCGUCCACCUCUUUCCCCUGGGGCACAGCCAUGUGGAAUUCCGAGCGCAAAGACCCGCCUUCCAGACUGUCUGAGGUGCUGCCGUCUCCAACAUCUGCAAUCCCGCCUGGCUCUGCUGGUGGCUCGUUCUUCGGAAGCGGAAAUGCCGAUAGCUACCCUUCGCAAUCCUCUCCGGCGGCACGGGACGGUCUCAGCACAACGUCGCAAAUCCCCUUUGCCAUCCCUCUGCACCCGACUCCCAAGACGUACCGGUCGCAGUCCUACUCCGUCGGCCAGCUCGAGCCUGAUGUUGCUGCUCUCACGGGGUCUGCCACGUCGCCGGCCCUGACGUCGUCCCUCGGCGGCUCGUCGCUGCUGGCCGGCCCCCGCUCGUCCCGCCCGAUUGCCGGCCUGCAGCACCGUCCCUCGCGGCCUAGCAUGCUUAGCGAAAUGUCCAACGACGGCGGCAUGCUUGGCAAAGUAAAGGAGGUCGAUGAUGAUGACGAUGGGAGCAUCAACGAUUCACUCCAAGGCAGCCAGCAGCUGUCAGCCGAGGCCAAGACCAUUGAAAUGUUGACCCGUGAGAACGCCAUGCUUCGCCAGCACGCCAGCCAGCAGUACCAUAACGCCCGCAUCCGCCCGCGUGCGUCGACGGGCGCUGCCUACCGCCUGGACAACGGCUAUGGCCUCCAGGAGUCUGUCCCUGAGGAGGCUUCUGACUUUGCUAUUGACGAGUUGGACGAGAUCAACGACGGUGACUUUGCCACCGCGGCCAAGCGAGCCAACGUGCGCAGAAUGAGCGAGUUUGCCGCUCCUGGCUCCUUCCGGUCGCCGUUUUCUGUCGAGAACCGCAAGCUUGAGAGUGUGAAGAAGGCGUUCUGGCAAACCACCCCUGCCGGCUUCUCCGAUGUCUCCCCGAGCCGCCGUCACUCGUUUGCCGACGUUCCCACCCGCCAAGCGUCAAUCAGCUCCAUCAAUGAGGUUGUCCUUGCGCACGAUGCAAAUGCACAGGAUCAGCAGCAACCGGGCGGGAUCGAGUUCACGUCGCCUUUUGAUAACCCGCACAGUUUUGCUGCCAAGUCCGCCGCCGCCGCCGCCGCCGCCGCUGCCGCGCAGUCCAUGUACAGCAAUGGUCCGGGUGUCUCGCCGGGCGCGUCUCAGAUCACGCCCCAACAACUCCUCCAGCAGCAACAACACCAGCAAGCUCAGCAACAGCAACAACAACUUUCAGCAAGCGCCGCUUACGCUGGUGGCGGCAGUGCUGCGUACCCCUCGCCCUAUGGUCUACACCCGCCGACGUAUGCCGCGCGGCCGACAUCGCCUCAGCGUGGCAUGUACGGUUUGUCGCAGCCAAAUCGCUCGACUCCGCUUCACAUCGUCCUCUUCAAGUGCGCUCGUGCCGAUGUGUUCUACAUCCAGGAGGGCACCGGCCUGACGGUCAAGCCGGGCGACCUCGUUAUUGUCGAGGCUGACCGUGGCACCGAUCUGGGAACCGUGGCCGUGGACAACGUCGACUGGGUCGAAGCCAGACGACUCAAAGAGCACUAUGCCGAGGAGCAGUACAAGUGGCUUAUGAUGUACUCUCAGAAUGCUGCUGCGGCGCAGGAUGGCGUGGGUGCUGGCCUUUUGGCAUCGUCCACUGGCCUUCAAGGGAGCGCCAUUGGCGGCAUGGGCCCGCCCGGCCAGCAUCACGUCCAGGAGCCGAGCACCAGCGAGCUCAAACCCAAGCUCAUCAAGCGUCUUGCCCAGAACCACGAGAUUCACGCCUUGAGAGACAAGGAAGGAAACGAAGCGAAGGCGAAGCGCGUUUGCAUGCAGAAGGUGAAGGAGCACGGCCUUAACAUGGAGAUCCUUGACGCUGAGUUCCAAAUGGACUGGAAAAAGCUUACCUUUUACUAUUUUGCCGACGCCUACAUCAACUUCAACUCCCUGGUCACGGACCUAUUCAAAAUCUACAAGACCCGCAUCUGGAUGUCCGCCAUUAACCCGGCCUCCUUCGCCAGCCAACCCCUUGGUCUCCAGGCACCGAGCGGCAUUGGGCCCGGUGCUGUUGGUGUUGGCCGUGGUGCCCCGACGUCGGAACGUCGCCAGACCCAGCAGGGUGGUCAGGUCUCCCCGCCUCCGCAGGCUGGUCCUCAGCAGCAGCAGCAGCAGCAGCAGCAACAGCACCAGCCUGCCUACUCACCAGUGCCUUCUAACCGUGGUUAUCCCGGCGGUCCCGGCGCUGUCAGCCCGCAACCGCCUAGCAUCGGUGGUCCCGGUGGUGGCCCCUACCCAGGCUCGUUCCCGUACAGCCCAUAUGCCGCGUUUGGGAACAUCCCUCGCGCAUCUGGUAUGGGAUAUGGUGGGCAAAACAUGGGAGGCCCUGCGGCUGCCGAAAGUUACGCCAUGGGUUACGCUGUCCCUGCAGACUACAACUUGCGUGGCCGGUUCCCAGCUGGCCAGCCCGAUAUCAACCAGAAUGGCCAGGGUAUGUCCCCGCUUGCGCCUUCUGGGGAAUGGGUCAGUUCCUUCCAAGGCUUGUCUCUCAACUCGAGAUAG